AUGUCGAGCUGGCUGCAGGUGACGUGCGGUGUCCCCACGCCCGGUUCUCUCUCCGGGCUCUGGGCGGGCCACCACCUCGACCCGGACGUGGAUGGGCACGCGCUCACGGUGCACUCGUACGCGUUCGACGCGAGGCUCGAGAACCCGUUCUCCACCGUGGCCCACGCGCUCUUCUUCGACGUGCGCGAGCACUACUGCAUGUCCCCCGCCCAGCUCCUCCCGCUCUGGGAGCCGAGCGACGCGACGGACGAGGGCGCGCUGAACACAUACGCCGUACACAUGCGGCGGCAGGGCAUGCCCAAGGAGUGGGUCUACAAGACCUACAUGGAGGGGGAGAGGGACUCGCACGAGCCGGAGACGUGCAAGAGGUUCGUGGCGAACAGGGAGGAGGAAGAAGCCGAGGUGUGGGCGAAGGUGGCAGAGAUCUUGGUGGGGAGGGUGGCGGAGUGCGAUGCGGACGAAAACGCGGACCGGGAUGUUGAGCUGGAUGACGACCACGACCACGACCACGAGAUGGGCAAAGAGCACGGCGGAGCGGCGCGCAUCGACCGCGUGCGCCAGCAGGUCCAGGACGGGCUCGACAUGGACAUCGACGAACUCAUCGACACCAUAUCAAGCGAGGACAACGACAAGCACGAGUCGGAGGACGCGCACUCAUGUGUGGCAAGCCCAACGGACUCGGACAUCGACAUCGAGCGGACGUGUUCUGGGAUCAAAGACAUCUUCAUCACCAGCGAGACCCCCGCGCGAUACGCGCAAGCCUGGCGCGCGUACAUGCUCUACCGCGUCUGCCCAUGGGACGGCCUUGUCGUCCUUGUCCGCGUCCAGAUCCCGCCAGCAGGCGGCAGCGGCAGCGGCCCCCCCACCGUCUACCGCGGGUAUCGCGUCGGCGCCUGGCGGCACGCGAGCGCGAGCGCGAACACCGUCCUGCUCGAGGACACGUUUGUCGUCUCCAAGGUCUACCACCCGCCUGCUUCUGCGGGGGAGGAUGCUGGCACGGGUACGGACACAGACACACACCACUGA